AUGUCAGAGCUGAACCCAUUCCUGCUAGCGGCGAACACGCCCUCCCCCGAUCCCCGGCUUCUGCCCCUCCUCCGAUCAGAUCCUUCCCUUGCGGCCCGGCAAGAUGCUCAUGGCUAUUCACUGCUACACGCCGCUUCAUCAUACAAUCACGUCAAUCUACUCAAGAGUCUUGUCUCUGAGUUUUCUGUGGACAUCAAUCUUGAGGAUGAGGACGGAGAGACUUGCCUAUUUGUGGUCGAAACAUUGGAAGCCGCGAAGUGCCUGGUCGAGGAUCUGAAAAUCGACACAUCGAUCAACAACCACGAAGGCAUGACAGCUGCUGAAAAGUUCGAGUCAGAAGAUGAGUAUCCCGAGAUUGCAACGUAUCUGCGACAACAGGCCGGGCAACAGCCUACAGCUUCUCCGAGCAGCAACACCCGUUUGCCCACCCUUCCUCCCAACGUCAGCAUCGGGGUUAACACGACUGAAGAGCAGACCGCCACUUUAGAGCAAGAGCCAGAUCCAGAAUUUAGGCGCAGAAUAGAGGAGCUCGCUGCGCGGGAUAAUUUCCAGAGCGAGGAAGGUCAGCGAGAGCUGCGUGAAUUGAUCACAGACGCCGUCCGAGGCGUCAGUGACGAGAGAGACGUGCGUCGCCGAGUGGUGUGA